AUGGCAUCCAGACCCAAAAUGAUGGACCCCAUUUGUCUGCUGGAAAGUGUCAAGGUGCUUUCAGUGAACCAAAAAUCUCUGCAGAUUCUUGGUGAGAUUUCUUUGCCAGUGCUGGUGGUGGCCAUUGUAGGGCCGUAUCAUACAGGGAAAUCCUACUUUAUGAACCAUCUUGCAGGUCAGAAUCAUGAAUUUAUCUGGACUGUAUGGGAUUUCACCCUGGAGCUGCAGUUAUGUGGUCAGCCUAUCACAGAAGAUGAGUACUUGGAGAAUGCCCUGAAGCUGAUUCCAGGUAUCAGACUGGAGAACUCAGCUGCCAUUCAGAAGGCAGACAACCACUACAGCGAGCAGAUAGCCCAGCGAGUGAGCUUCCCCACAGACAUGCUGCAGGAGCUGCUGGAGGUGCAUGCUGCCUGUGAGAGGGAAGCCCCUGCAGUCUUCAUGGAGCACUCCUUCAAGGAAGACAAGCAGGAGUUCCAGAGGAACCUUGUGGAAAUCAUAAAGAAUAAGAAAGAUGAUUUCUUGAUGCAGAAUGAAGAGACAUUAAUCAAAUAUUGCCAGACUAAACUUGAUCAGCUUUCAAAGACUCUAAUAAAAAGUAUCUCAGCAGGAACUUUCUCUGUUCCUGGAGGUCAUGAACUCUACAGGAAAGCAAAGGAAAUUAUUGAAAAGGAAAAUUACCAAGUGCCCAUGAAAGGAGUGAAGGCAAAUGAGUUCCUCCAGAGGUUUCUGCAGUCCCAGAUGGCACUAGAAAUCCUGCAGGCAGAUAAAGCCCUCACUGAUGGGGAGAAGCCCAAAGCAGAAGAGUGGACCUGGAAGGAGACAGCUGAGAAGGAACAGGAGCUGCUGAAACAGAAACUGCAGGAGCAGCAGCAGCAGGUGGCGGCUCAGAAGAGAAGUCUCCAGAAACACAUAGUUCAGAUAAUGGAGAAGAUGGUGAGAGAAAGAGAAAACCUGCUGAGAGAGCCAAACAAGAUAUUGGAGCAUCAGCUGAAGGUCCAAGAAGAUCUGUGUACUGAAGGAUUUAGAAAGAAAUGUGAGGAGAUGAGUACAGAGAUAAAUCAUUUGGGAGAGAGAAUUGUUGAUACUAAAAAUGAUGAUAGUUCCUUGCUUGCACAAGCCUUGGACAACCUUGGCAAAAGAAUCGCUUCGUUAUUGCCUGCCCCAGCUAACAUUCUUGGUAAUGUUAUGAAAGUAGUGAGCUCACUAUUUAAAAAGAAGUAGCUCUCCUUGUAAAGAAAUCAGAUAUAUAAUAUAAUAUACAUGUAUGUUCUCUGGCCUAUUUCUGAUACGCAUGCUUUUCACU